GUUAAUAAUUCUAGAUAAGCAAAGUUAACCACUUAGUUAGCCAUAUCUACUGCUAUACUCUUCCCCUUAAAAAAUUCCAACCACAAUCAUACAUUAUAAUCCUUACACUAAAUCCAAACCAACAGAUAAAAUUACUUGCUUCCUAAUUAACCCAUAGGCUAUGUUUUCUAGCAGCUUUCACGCGGAAAGCUGUCGCUCGCCCGGGAAAACAACUUCGGUUCAAAACAUUCCUGGCCUCACGCCUGAAAACAAAUUUUAAAUCGCAACCAGUAUUUUCGUUUAAAUGAUUGCAGAAGUCUUGUCUCGAGCUAAAAAAAUUCUAGUAGCUCUCAUACUCUCGUUUAUUUUGGAUAGAUUGAAUCAGCAGCUGUAGGGAAAUGCUUUUGGUUCGUAUCAUUUUACAAAAAAUUCUGCAUUGGUAGGGUCUUGUGAUUUUUUUCCUGCAAACUCUGCGCAUCAUUUCUCUUCAGCAGCGUUGACAGCACGGCACAAUUUGUGCAGAUUCUCGAGGGAAACCUAUCUGUGCUCUUCUUGAAUAUUCAUUGUCAGAAUGAGGAUUGUAGGGCUUACAGGAGGCAUUGCAUCUGGGAAAAGUACAGUCUCAAGGGAAUUUCAUUCCUAUGGUAUUCCUGUGGUUGAUGCAGAUAAAGUAGCUCAUAUAGCCUUGAGAAAAGGCACAGGUGGGUGGAAAAAGGUAGUAGCUACUUUUGGACAAGACAUUCUGCAAGAGAAUAGGGAAGUUGACCGGGCACAAUUGGGUCAGAUUGUCUUUGCUGAUCCUGCAAAACGACAACUUCUUAAUAAGGCAUUGGCUCCAUAUAUUGGUUUUGGCAUUUACUGGGAAAUAGCGAAACUUUGGUUAAAGGGAUCUGAAACAAUUGUUCUUGAUGUUCCUUUAUUAUUUGAGGCGAAAAUGGACUGGCUCACAAAGCCCAUUAUAGUUGUUUGGGUUGAACCUGAAACUCAACUUCAACGGCUUAUAGCUAGGGACGGAAUCUCUGAAGAACAGGCAUUGAAUCGAAUAAAUUCUCAAAUGCCAUUGGAUUUGAAACGAGAAAAAGCUGAUAUUGUAAUAGACAAUUCAGGUUCAUUAGAAGCAACAAAAGAUCAAAUCCAUGAUAUUUCACUUAAGAUUACUGGUCCAUUAACAUGGAAAGAAUAUAUGCGAUCAAGAAGAGGGGUGCUGACAAUCACUGGUGCGAUAGCCUUUCUGAUUUUAGUAUGGACCCGUAGGUCCUCCCUCUGAUUUUGAGGAGUCUCAAGUGUUUCCUUUUGCUGCUGGAGGAGAUAAGGUAUUUUGCAGGGUGUAACAGACAGUUCUACAAUGGAUUCCAAAGGAAAAUAUUUGUCAAAGUGCCAAUGCAAACGACAGAUAGUUCUUCUUUAAAUAGUGUCAUAUGCCAUGCAAGUUAACUAAAGUAUUAAUGGAAAAUAAGAGUGCCUUGAACUCAAAUCAAAUAAUAUCACACUACAUAAUAAACAAGGGCUGCACUGCAGUGUAGUUCCUGCCAAGUGCUGACAAGACAGUUAAAGAGGAAAGAGAAAAGAAAAUUGGAAUUAAAAUUGGGUUGUUAAGAA